GCCACACGCGCGCGCGCAAACACACGGGCGCACAGCGAGCGAGGUGGGAGUCUGAGAGACAUGGCCCACUCGCCGUCGGGAUCGCGCGCGGCGGCGCCGUCGGUCGGGGAGGAUGCCUUCACCGACGCGGCGGCGGAGGACGGCGGCGACUCCAAGCUCUCCGUGCUCCUCUUCGACGUGUCGCAGCAGGUGCAGGGCGCUCUCCAGAACAUGCUCAAGAUGACCAGCGAGAUCGAGCAGUGCGGCGGCGAGAUCGAGGCGGAGAUCGAGCGCGCCAGGGAGGGCGUGGCGGAGAAGUGCCGUGCGCUCGACGACGACAGGGAGCGGUUUCAGAAGGCCGCCCUCGCCGCGCUCGACAUUCUCAGCGGCGGCCGCGUCUGAACGAUCGAUCCCGCCCGCAUCGAUCGGACCACAGUUCCUGCAAGACUCCUCUAUCUGCGAAUGUCGUCGUCGUCAGCGUUAGCCUUUGCUUCCCCGUUCGAACCAACCAGCGCAGCAGUGAUAGUAGACUGACAGCAGCAAUAGUAGCUUGUGGCUUCCUGCAGGCUAUGUAUGUUCUUGCCUGGUACUACUAUGUACAGUUUUGUGGUCGCCUCUUGCACUGCUGUGCUGGAACAGAGACGCGAGAGUUCAGAACUUCAGAGAUGUGCAUGAUCUGAUUGCAUAUGAUCGACGAAGAUAGCAGUAGCACUCUACAGUAUCAGUAAUGCAGAUCUGAUUGAUGCUGUUAACGUGAACUGGCAGUAUCUUUGGGACCAGAAACUUGUUCAUGAAGUGGUGUCCAUCGCUGUCGAUCCUUGGAAUUUACUACGGGAACACUUACCAUAUACG